AUGGCAUUGUCGAUGUCUGCUGAUGCCAUUGCCGCCUGUGUGCUGGCUGCGUUUGAGGCCCUACCUGCGAAGCGCAAGCCCCGGCCACGCGGCGACGGCACGCGUGAAUGGGUUCCUCUGAGCGGCAUAGUGCUGUCUGACGCCAUUCGCGCCUUCAACCGCUUCCUCAUCGAAGAAUGCGCCGACCUCGCCGCUUCUGGCCUCCGUCCGUCAGCCUUCCUCCGCCACCGCGAAGAGGGCGAGAUCACGAGAGCAGAGCACCAGCCUUUCACCAUCAAAGAGAGCGUACAGAUCCACAUGUACAGUUCCGAAGCGCCCUGCGGGGACGCCAGCAUGGAGCUCGUCAUGGACGCCCAAGACGACGCGACCCCUUGGCCAGUCCCUCCACCCUCUUCAGAGGAUCUAGACCAACCUCCCGCUGGACUUCGUGGACGCGCCAACUUCUCACUCCUCGGCCAUGUCCGCCUCAAGCCAUCCCGCACUGAUGCCCCGCCCACCCUCAGCAAGUCCUGCACCGACAAGCUUGCUCUGGCAGAAACAGCAUCCCUUCUCUCCUCCGUCACAUCUCUCCUCGUCUCACCACGCAAUGCUUACCUUUCCACUCUCGUUCUCCCAGCUGCUCAGUACGUGCCUACUGCCAUUGCUCGCGCGUUCGGGCCCUCAGGGCGUAUGGCUGGCAUUACCCCUGAAAUGAUCACGAGAUGGGGAACCGGAGGUUCGGGAUAUAGAUUCCAGCCUUUCGAGGUGCGGCCCGUAGUUCAGGAGUUUGCAUAUUCACGUCGCAGCUUCGAGAUAUCCCAGACGCCCGUCCCUUCAAAUAUCAGCGCGGUGUACACGCCGAAGUUCCAGGAGACCCUGAUUGGUGGUGUGCUGCAGGGCCGCAAGCAAUUCGACCCGCGCGGGGCUAGUAGAUUAUGUAGGAAGUCUAUGUGGAAAGCUGUGGCUGAUGUGGCGGCGCUAUUGGCAGUUCCUGCGUUAUUAGGAGUGGGGAGGGAAGUGCGAUAUCAGGAUGUGAAGAAGCUAGACUUGCUGGAAUGGCGGAGAACUGUGAAAGCGGAUGUCAAGGGGGAGAGCGGUCCUUUGAAAGGGUGGCCGGAGAACAAGGGGGACGAUGUUUUUGGUUUAGAGUAG